UUGGUCCAAAUCCAGAUUACUUUUCUUUAUGAUGCUCCCAGAAGGGUUUAGCCCCAACCCAAAUAAAACACACCUCAAACCAGUUCUACAGGAUCACUAGAAAACAGAUCCUUUUAUAGGGAGAUGCUGACUUGUAUGCUCUGCUGUUGGAGAUUGAACGUUGGUGUAACGGUCAACGUGGAUCACAUGUGCCUUGAUAACCAAUCACAUUAUAUGCUUGACGUCACUGAAUUGCUGUCAGAUCUGAAUGAGAGUCAGUCACUGAUUGUGGAAUACCUUAGAAAUGAAUUAAAUCUACAGCAAUAGCACUUCUGAUGCAAAAGUGUCCGAAUUCUCUUCUAAAGUCAUUUCCAAUGUAAACUCCAAAAAUAUUAUAAAAAAUUCCUAAGUUAUUGUUUCAUGGAAAAAAAAAUAUUCAUGUAGUAACAACCUGAUCAUCACAAAAGCAAUGUAUUCAGAGUCCUGAAGCCUCUUCUCCAUCCAGACAAAAUGUUUAUUACCAUUCUUCAUUUUUAUCUUCCACUAACGAUGGUCAUGUGAGUUUGGCACGCCUUGAGGGAAUAAAGUGACAGUUCACCUAAACUGAAGUUCCAUAUGCUUAAUGUCCAUUGGUUAGUUUCUCAUUGACUAAAUUUAGGAAGUAGAUGCUUUGUGUUUUGUUUAAUCAGGCCGUGACUAAUAGUGAAGAGGAUGCACUGAUGAAAGUAGAUCACAUCAUGUUACACUACACUAAGUUGUGUUUGGUUUCAAAUUAUUAUUAUUCUUUUUUUCUGAAAAAGAGAGAGGGGUUAAUAUUCCUGUUUGUUUUCUCCCUCUGGUGUCUGAUGUUAUUUUGAAGGCAGGUCAUUACCUGAACUCUCUCUUCAUCCGAGAUUCUGUGACAGGAUGUCAUGUAUAUUUAUAUUUUAUUUUGUAUGUAUGCAGUUCUUCUUGAGGAGAAGAUAGAUCUUAUUUUUAUAUGUACAUUGUUGCAAAAAUUUUGUAAGUAUUUUAUACUUUGUAUUAUUGUUCUCUGUAAAACAAGAGUAUUUGUGUAAAUAUAGUUCUCUAGAAACUGUCUUCUUUGGUCUGUUUGUUCAUUGUUUUAUGCAUAUCUUGUGAAUGCAUCACAUGCCCUCUAGCCAUAGGUGCUGAUAAAUCUCAUUAAUAGUGAUGCAAUUUGGGUUAUAGGAAUGCCCCGCCCACUCCGGAUCAUGCUAAUAUAAGUGACUGGGUAAAAGUUCUGUCUGUGAGUGUGAUCAGAGAUAGAGGAUAGUGUCUGACCUCACUGUCCACAGAGAUGAUGCUGGAGCAGGUCGUGCUGUUAGGAGCCGUUACACUGCUGGGACUGCUGGAGCAAGCGUACUUCUCUCUGCAGGUGAUCUACGCGCGCAGGAAGUACUCGGUGUCUCCGCCUGCCACCAGCGGACCUCCCGAGUUUGAGAGGAUCUUUCGAGCCCAAGCAAACUGUUCCGAGUAUUUCCCGCUGUUCGUCUUCUCGCUUUGGCUGGCUGGAGUGUUCUUCAGUCAAGCGCUGGCAGUGUUGUUCGGGCUGCUGUACCUCUACGGACGGUAUCAGUACUUCCACGGCUAUGCGGCGUCUGCUCAGGGCAGACUGGAGCCACUGUACUUCAGUGCAAAGAUGCUGUGGGUGCUGAUCGCUCUGGCCGGGCUGGGGGUCAUCUGCACCAUGACACAGGCCUAUCUGGGACUGGACCUGCUGCACUCCUUCAGUCACGCUCUGGGUCUGACCGAACACACAUGAAAGAUCUGGACCAGUGCAGGACGCUGAGGACAGGGGCAGCUUUAGCACCUGCAAUGGAAGAAGUGUCAAAACCACACAUAUAUAUAUUUCUCCUAUAAAGAAAGAUUUAUACAAAAAUUGAAUGAAUCCAGGCUACUAUUGAUUUCUGAAGGAAAGACUCAAAGUGUGUGAGUUCAUUUUGUCCAUCAAAUGAAAACAUCUGCAGGUGACCCAUGCAAAUCCAUCAGUUAUUCAAAUGUUUAAUAACUGUAUAGAAACCACUACUGUUAGUGUUUUCAAAUAGCUAAAAUGAGUUUACUUAAUAUAUUAUUACGUUUAUAUUCGACAGUGUCUACCAGUGGACAUUUUUAUGGAUCUCACAGGAGAAUUCUGUCUUGUUUUGCAGUGAUGUGAUGCAUUAGGUGCUUUUUAACAAAUCUGAUAUUGUUUGUCUAGAUGAAAAAAAUGUAUGCAUCCUAAAUACAAUUAAAAUGUUUCACCUUUGGAAUUAUUUUACAAAAAUUACAACUUGACUUGAAAUGAUGCAAAAUAAAAUAAUAUUCCUGA